CGAGGAAGACGUGAACCACUUCAGAGGCGGGGCGUCAGUCCUCCUGUGGUGGAAGACAAAGCUAAAUCACUAGCAUUCCGGUGCUAUAGGCUGUGGCUCUGAUUUUACCCAUUAUCAACAUGGUCCAACUUGUGGGUGCUCUCCGAAAGGAGCUGGCGGACUCCCUCUCAACCUGCAAGGUGUUGGUGGUGGGAGCCGGAGGGAUCGGCUGUGAGCUGCUCAAGAACCUCGUCCUCACUGGAUUCAAAAACAUUGAAGUGAUUGACUUGGACACAAUUGAUGUCAGCAAUCUGAAUCGCCAGUUCCUCUUUCAGAAGAAGCAUGUUGGCAAGUCUAAAGCACAGGUGGCUAUAGAGAGUGCCUUGCAGUUCUGCCCCUCUGCAAAUAUCACCGCAUACCACGACAGCAUCAUGAAUCCUGACUACAAUGUGGAGUUCUUUAAAAGUUUCAUACUUGUGAUGAACGCUCUGGAUAACAGAGCGGCCCGUAACCAUGUGAACAGGAUGUGUUUGGCAGCCGAUAUCCCUCUCAUAGAGAGUGGCACAGCAGGAUACCUCGGACAGGUCACUGUCAUCAAGAAGGGAAUGACGGAGUGCUACGAGUGCCAGCCUAAACCUGCACAGAAGACCUUCCCAGGAUGCACUAUCAGAAACACGCCGUCGGAGCCCAUUCACUGCAUUGUCUGGGCAAAGUAUCUCUUCAACCAGUUAUUUGGAGAAGAGGAUGCGGAUCAAGAUGUAUCACCCGACACGGCAGACCCAGAGGCUGCAUGGAAACCUGAAGAAACAGCAGCCCGUGCCACGGCUGCAGAAAAGGACGGGGGCAUCAAGCGUGUCUCUACUAAGCAAUGGGCCCGUACUAACAAAUACGACCCUAUCAAACUCUUCAAUAAGCUUUUCAAAGAUGACAUCAUGUAUCUAUUAGCUAUGGAUAAGCUGUGGAAAAAGAGGAAGGCUCCUACACCACUCGACUGGCAGCAGCUGGAGAACACUGCAUGUCCUCAGGAAGAUUCAUCAGGUUCAGGUUUAAAAGACCAGCAGGUUCUUGGUGUUUGGGGCUACUGUAAACUUUUCCAGGAAAGUGUGGAUACUCUUCACUCACUGUUGGAUGAGAAAGGAGACGGUGCAGAACUUGUUUGGGACAAGGAUGAUGCUCCUGCCAUGGACUUUGUUACUGCAGCUGCAAACCUAAGGAUGCACAUCUUCAGCAUGAACAUGAAGAGUCGCUUUGAUGUCAAAUCCAUGGCAGGCAACAUUAUCCCAGCUAUUGCCACAACCAAUGCUGUCAUCGCUGGACUCAUUGUACUGGAGGGCCUCAAGAUUCUGGCAGGGGAACUGGAAUCCUGCCGCACGAUCUUCCUCAACAAGUGUCCUAACCUCAGGAAGAAGCUACUAGUUCCAUGUGUCCUAGACCCACCCGGGGCCAACUGUUAUGUGUGUGCCAGCAAGCCUGAAGUCACCGUCAAAGUCAAUGUCCACAAAACAACGGUCCUCUCUCUGCAGGACAAGAUCCUAAAGGAGAGGUUUGGGAUGGUAGCUCCAGAUGUUCAGAUAGAAGAUGGAAAAGGGACCAUCCUCAUCUCCUCAGAGGACGGAGAGACAGAAGGCAACAACAGCAAGUUCCUUUCUGACUUUGGGAUCCGAAACGGCAGUCGACUACAGGCUGAUGACUUCCUCCAAGACUACACGCUCCUCAUUAAUGUCCUGCACACUGAAGAAUUAGAGAGAGAUGUUGAAUUUGAAGUAAUUGGUGAAGCUCCAGACAAAGCACCACCUCCCCAGAGUAACAACGAAGAGGUAAACAGCAUCACCAAUGGCAACAAGGACUCUGCCCAACCGUCCACCUCCUCUAAAGUCCCGGUAGAUGACGAUGAUAUUAUGCUUGUGGACUCUGAUGAGGAUGCAGAGGCAUCGUCCAGCUCUGCAGCAGUCACAAGCAGCACCAAGAGGAAGCAUUCAGACGUGGAAACGGGCGAGACUUCCACCAAGCGCCCACGGACAGAUCUGUUGGGUGCAGCAGCUGCUCCCACUGACGAUGACGACGAUGACAUCAUUGCUUUGGACUAACACCUCUACUGGUUUUCUGGAGCAUUGAGAACUCUUUGAAAAUUUGCCAUUUUGUAUGAAGACAGACAAACAUAACUUUUCCAAGAACAGUUAACUGCUCAAGGUUGUUUUGCACCGUUCCCACAGCCAGUUGUACUCAUACUUUCAUACUUCCCUGCUCUUGUCAUAUGUAAAUAUAGUCAACAUUUGAAAAAUACCCAACUGUUUUGUUAUUGUCCAGUUCUAGUAUCUUUGAAACGCAUCGACAGAGUAUAAACAAGUGCUUUUUUUGUAUUACAGUGUUUGCUGUUCUUCUCAUGCUACUCAAGUCGGGGAGAUGUGUGCUUUGUCAAUUUACAUAAAUACUGUUCAAACCAAAACAUUUUGUUGCCCUGUAAUGUUUAAAUGAUACAUUUGACCAGAACUUCAACAUGGAACUCACUAGCUUCACCUCCACCCUGCAGCACAGAGUGGAUUGUGUGCUACCCUUCUGUAGAGCUAAUGUGUAGGGCUGCAGUCAUAAAGAUACAACCCAUAAGGCCUCCAGAUCUUUGUGUAUUUGUC